AUGCCUGCCCGUCCGGUCACCAGAGGGUCCAAAUCCGGGGCAAAGCCGCCUCCCCCGAAAGGAAAGCCAACAGCGAAAACGAGGACCACUGCCAGCAGCGCUGCCCCAACAAAGAAGGUCCCUCGCUCGAGAACCUUCACAGGUUGCCGCACCUGCAGAAGUCGCCAUCUCAAGUGUGACGAGGCCCGCCCAGUAUGCUCGUCCUGCCGCCGCCUCAAUCUCGUCUGUGAGGGCUACGAUGGCCAGCUCCUGUGGAUUCCGGACCCCCUGUGCUCCGCUGAGCAGAAGCAUGCUCAUCGUGGCACUUCCUACCGGUACCCGCUUUUCACCGAGGAAGAGAGGAAAACAAUGUGUGUCGAGAUUGUGACGAGCAUGGGGCGCCAGUCUGCCGGCGACAUUGUUCUGGAUCUCGACGAGAAAAGCGUCCAUGCCGAUGACGCCCAUGUAGCUGGUCCGUUUGGCGUGUUCAGGGCCUUUGAUGGCUCUACGGAUUCUGGAUCUUCGCCAUUACAGCCCUCUGCGUCCGGGAGCUCGCCUAAUACCUCGCAAUCUGAUGCCUUGCCAGAGACGAUGAAUGGCGAGCUCGCUGAAGACAUCGAGGACAUUGGCGAAUCUGAUGAGCCAAGCCAGGUCAAAUACAACGAGAUCCUUAUGGCCAUUCUUGCCACAGCCAUGGUAUCGGUUCUCUAUAAAGGAUCCCGCGCAGUAAAGAUCUUCCUGCUCGAUGCCGAACGCCUAAUCCGUCUCCGUGGCCUUGCGAUGCCCAAAUCCUUCCACGUCCGCGUACUACACCAUGUCUACACACACCUUCGCGUCAUUGCAGAGAGUACGGACAUUGCUAUAGAUUCUGCAAAGUCCCAAGCGCAGGCAGCAACCGAGAUGGCGGUGUCACUCCGCAAGUUCCGUAUUACAGAAGAUUCUCUCUAUCGGAUUGGAAGUCCAAUUCGACCGCGGCAUACAGCCGACUGCGCAGGGGCCAAUUAG